CGCUCAUCCCUCCCACGCGGCACUUCCCUUCCGUUCCCUCCCUGCCAGGGCUUAACCGAGUCCCAGGCAGGAGCGGCUUCCCCGCCUUCCCGUCCAAAACUCCCGCCAAGAGAGCCCGAGAGCGCAGGGAGGGGAAGGCAGAGCCCGGCGAGUCCGCGGUCCGGACGGCGGGGAGAGCGCAGCCGCCGGGCAGGAGCCUCGGGAGCCGCGUGCCGCGCUCGCCGCCGCAGACCUCGCCCCUCGCCGCCGAGGCAGCCCGGCCCCGAGAGGACAUCUGCAACUCCAAAAUGCUGUCUCAACAGUACCAGCAGCAGCGUCGAAAAUUUGCAGCUGCCUUCUUGGCAUUCAUUUUCAUUUUGGCAGCUGUGGACACUGCUGAAGCAGGGAAGAAGGAGAAACCAGAAAAAAAAGUGAAGAAGUCUGACUGUGGAGAAUGGCAGUGGAGUGUGUGUGUGCCCACCAGUGGAGAUUGUGGGCUGGGCACACGGGAGGGCACCCGGACUGGAGCUGAGUGCAAACAAACCAUGAAGACCCAGAGGUGUAAGAUCCCCUGCAACUGGAAAAAGCAAUUUGGAGCGGAGUGCAAAUACCAGUUCCAGGCCUGGGGAGAAUGUGACCUGAAUACGGCCCUGAAGACCAGAACUGGAAGUCUGAAGCGGGCCCUCCACAAUGCUGACUGCCAGAAGACUGUCACCAUUUCCAAGCCCUGUGGCAAAGUGACCAAGCCCAAACCUCAAGAAUCUAAGAAGAAGAAAAAGGAAGGCAAGAAACAGGAGAAGAUGCUGGAUUAAAAAUGCCACCUCCGUGGAAGAUGAAAAGGACAUCAGCAAACAGGAUCAGUUAACUAUUGCAUUUAUACCACUGUAGGCUUUUUAUUCAAAAAUUAUCUAUAGCUAAGUACACAAUAGGCAAAAACAAAAUGAAAAGAAAUUUUUUGUAGUAGCAUUUUUUAAAUGUAUACCAUAGUAUCACUAGAGGCUUAUAAUAAAGGACUGUAAUCUUAUUUAGGAAGUUGACUUAUAGUACAUGAUAAAUGAUAGAGAAUUGAGGUAAGUUUUUUGAAGUUAUGUGAUAUUUUACAUUUACUUUUUUUUUACAUUUUUUUUUCUUUUGGCAGCAAUUUAAAUGUUAUGACCAUGUAAACUACUUCUCGUUUGUUAAGUAAAUUUUUUCACCUAGAAUUUUUUUCCCAAUUAAGAAAAAUAUCUACUAAACCAAGCAGCAAUAAAAUAUAUUCACUCUAUUUGAGAAAAAUAUCUUGUUUUCUGCCAAUGGAUUUAAAAAAAAAAAUGUAGUCAACAAAAUGGUGGGGUAGGUGGGGGAGGAGGCAGAGCAUGCCCUGGUUUAAUGUCGAUUUUUUUUUAAACGAAAGCAUUAAAAGAUGAAAUUCUUUCACUUUGGCAGAAACAUUUGUUUUCCUGAUGAAAUUAUUUUUCCAUCUGAGGGAAAAAAAAUACUAGGAAAAUAAAUCAAGGUGAUGUUGAAAAAAA